UUCAUCUUCACUCAUUGCAUUCAAUUAAUUCGUUGAUUACAUAUUACAGUUCAAAAGAUGGACCCUCAGCAGUUGAAUUUCGAGGCUGGACAGGCUCAGGGCCAAGCUCAGGGCCAAGCUCAGGGCCAAGCUCAAGCGCAAGCCCAAGCUCAACAAGCCCAAGCUCAGGAAAAGACUAACAAUUUGAUGGACAUGGCUAGCAAUGCUGCUCAGUCUGCUAAGGAAACCAUGCAAGAGGCUGGUCAGCAGAUGAUGGCAACAGCACAAGGAGCAGCUGAAGCUGUGAAGAAUGCAACUGGCAUGAACAAAAAUUGAAUUGAUUAAUAUGCACGGAUCCUGAUCAUUCAGUUUCACUUUGAUUUUGUUUUUCCUUUUCUGUAUUGCUCGUUUCUUCUUGUUGUGAGGGCAAUGUUCAAGAAAUGCUGUAGUUUAGUUUUUGUGUUGAGUGGUACUCCCAAAAGAGAACUCCAUGAUGUAGCUCUCAUUUUAUUAAUCAAUAAAUUAUUUUCUUA